GUUUAGCUUCAGUUUCGCGUUUCAGGUGCGGGGAGAGAGAGAGAGAGCUGACUGUGAGCAGCAGUACUGUAACAGUUGCACUGUUGCAGCAGUGGCGGUGUAGUGUUGGUGGAGGAAGUGAGUCACGGUGAUGACUGGUGAGCAGGAGCGCUACUGCUCCGCUCUCCCACCUUUUCGUCUCGCCCUUCUCUGUAGCUUAGUUCUCGUUCUGUAGCUUAGCUUCUUGUAUACGCUACCGCUAUGGAAUACGAAAGAAUGGAGAAGAUCGAGGGAAGUGUCUCUCCUAACAAGCUGAGGCUUAAACUAUUGCGCAUUCAGAAAAAGAAGAAAGAAGGGGAAGAAACAGAAACCGUGUGUUCGUCAUUCAGUAAUGAGAAAAGCGAGUUGGAUGACCAAGCGCAUGACAGUUCCUGCAAAGACGUGGGUGUUAUAGAUCCUGAAACUUCCACGGUAACAUCAAAUGAUGUGACAUGUCCCGAUUCUAGUCUCAUGGUUCAUAAUCCUUCACCCCGGAAGGAUGAAGACAACGGAAGAAAUUUGAAUGGUUUAAAUCAGAAUAGAUCUCAGGAAGAAGGUUAUUAUCCUGAGCAUGACAGUGGGCAGGAAAAUGGCAGUAUGUCAGGUUUCGACUUUCAGAGGUCGAGUCAGCAUAGGGUUAUCUUACCACCAUUUUCGAAGCCUGCGCCGUCUAAAUGGGAUGAUGCGGGGAAGUGGAUCCCAACUGCUGCGCCUGGUGAUAAUCAGAUCAGGAAUAAAUAUAAAACUGGAAAUUGUCAGCCACAGGUUGUUCCUUUGGUGCCAAAGAAAUCAGCAUUUACUCAUGGAAGUCGACAAUCCAGUAUACCAACAAAAGUUGUUACUGAAGUUGCUGAGCGAAGAGCUUUUGUGGCUGAGGAGGUGGAUACUAAACGGAUUGACUUGAGUCAUGCCAAGAAGGAUACGAACAUUCCUAAGUUCUGUUUUAGUCCUGCCGUGUCCUGUCCUCUUCAGAAGACGGGGAAUUGGGGAAUCGAGUCUUAUCCAUGUGCAGAUGAGUUUGGAGAUUCAUAUUCUAAGCCUUCAGUUCUUGCGGAGGUUCCUGUCUCAGAUUCAACAAUAAAUUUUAGCAGACAUGACUCAACUGCUUCCAUCAAUGGCUCUACAACUUUGAUUCCUCCACCAUCAACAGUAAGGUCUAUCUCCAUGAGGGACAUGGGCACCGAGAUGACUCCUAUUGCUAGUCAAGAACCUUCAAGGACUGGAACACCGGUCAGAGCAACAACACCGACUAGAAGUCCUGUUUCAUCUAGGUCUUCGACUCCUGGACGUGUUGCACCUGCUUCAUCUCUCUCAAAAGCGGCUAGUAGUGUUUCAGGCCAGCAGAUUGAACUGCCAAAGAAAGAACUUUCUGAGAAAGAAUUGCAAAUGAAAACCAGGAAGGAGAUAGCAGCUCUUGGUGCACAACUUGGUAAGAUGAACAUUGCUGCAUGGGCUAGCAAGGAAGAAGAGGAGAAAGAUGCAUCUACCUCUCUUAAGACCACUCACAUUGAGCAGACACCUAAAAAUGUUAUUCAGACACGUGCUGCCGCAUGGGAAGAAGCAGAGAAAGCUAAAUUUAUGGCCAGGUAUAAGCGUGAAGAGAUUAGGAUACAAGCAUGGGAAAACCACCAAAAAGCAAAGGCAGAAGCAGAAAUGAGAAGAACAGAGGUGGAGAUUGAAAGGAUGCGAGGCCGUGCACAUGAGAAGCUAAUGAACAAGCUAGCUGCGACUAGGCAGAAAGCGGAAGAAAAGCUUGCAGCCGCUGAGGCCAAAAGAAAUCACCAGGCUGCGAAAUCUGCACAGAAGGCUGAAUAUAUCCGGAGGACUGGUAGGAUACCGUCGUCUUUUUCCUGCUCUGGCUGGUGCUGUUGAGGCUUCUGUCCAGUAUCAUGUAACCGCCGAAUGUCGUAGGUGUAAUUCUAGAAAUGUAGCAUCUUUUCCCUUCA